UCGAGCAUCGCAUCGAGCUUGAAAAGCAUGGUGGAACUUGCAGCAGUAGACACUAUGAUAGACCUGUUUUAUUGAAAUUUAUUGAUAUUAGAACCUUACCGCUUUGGUCUUCUAUCAUAAUGAAUUCCAUUACUUGUGCGUCGAAGACUUACAGGUCAUCAAACUUGCAGUAUUUUCAGCUGUGGUGGUCCAAGUAUUCAUCCACUGCUGCUCCAUCAAAAGAAACCAUUAAAAUCCCAAACAGAAAACAUCGAGGCCCAACUGAUAUUUUAAAAGCCCUUGAGACAACGGUUUCAUAUGACUUCACAGGCCCGGCCUACAAGUUUUUUGAUGAUCCUUUUCUUGCACCAUACAAUGACAGACAGGCUAGAAUGUAUUCACUAGCUAAAAGUGCUGGUCAAAAGGCAGGAACGUGGGUCAGAGAUCAGCAUCCAGAGCUUUUCACUCAAGUCAUUUCGGACCCUCCUGUGAUGUCAUACAUGCCUUCUCCACCAAUUAAUGGAGACAAUGCAAAUGAAGAAAUGCUUCUCCAAAAAAUACAUGAUUCAAAAGUUUCAGAUGCUAUUAAGGUGUAUGAGCUCAUGCAAGAGAAGAAAAUGGAUAUAAGGCAGGAAACUCAGCUUGCUUUGCUGGAAUUGCUUUGCUUCUAUAACUGUGAAGAUGACACACCCAUGGAAAAUUCUGCUGAACGUUAUUAUGGACACACCUCACGUCAAGGAGACCCAACAAUCAACCACUGGAAAAACCACCCCCUUGUGGAUAGCUUAUUUUCUUCACUGAAGUCUUUGGGAUCUGCACCAUAUUGCGCAUUAAUUUGUGGCCUAUACAUGUAUGGUGCCAAAGUCGAAGGAGAUAAACUUGUAGAAGAAGCUAAGGAAAAGAAAAUUAAGUUAGACAUUAAUGCAUAUAACUUUAUAAUCAAGAGAACUAUUUCUAUUUAUGAUAAAGUUGAUGUAAAGUGGCAGCUGGUCCAGAAUAUUUUGAAAGAAAUAAAUGCAGCUGGAUUAAAGCCAAACCUAGGAACUCUUUGUUAUUCUAUUGAUGCGGUGAGUCGCAUGGGAAUGCCUCAAAGGUAUCAAAUAUUGCUUCAACUGGUGGCUGAGUUCAAAAAGGCAGGUGUUACUCCCUCUAUUGGAGUGUAUGGAAUGAUUGCUCGUGGUCUUGUGGGGCGGACUAGACCAGAUGCUAACUUGGCAGUAUUUCUGCCAUCAAUCCUGGAGUCCUUAAAAGGAAAAGAAUUAGUGGCAGAACAUCCAUCUGAUUUACUGUUCUUUGAUUGGAUUCUAAAGUGCUGUGCAGUAAUGGAAGACUUGCCAAGUGCAAUCAAUGGUUUGGAAUUGUUUUUACAUUCCAGAAAUAGAGAGCUCCUUGAUGGUUAUAGGUCAACAAGUUUCUUCAACAAUUUCUUCCAUGUUCUAAGCAAAAAGGCAGACUUUCCAACUUUGAUAAAAUACUAUAAUUUAUUAGUUCCACAUGCACACACUCCAAGUCCUUUAUUCUAUCAGGUCCUUUUUGAUGCUUGUGAUGUACAUGCUGAGAUCAAAAGUUUCCCUACUUAUUGGAACCAUUACAUGUCAUCAGGGUCAUUUAAUGAAGAAACUCUUUUGAAAAUGCUGGAAGUGGCUGUGAACUUAACUGGUUUGCCUGACCCUGAAGCUAUUGAAAUGAGAAAAGUUGUCUCAGAAUCAGCAGUUAAUCUUUUUCUUUUCAAAAUGGAAAAGGAGAAAGAUAAUGUUUUUGUGUCAAUCCCUCUUACACAUGAGAUGUGUGAUUAUCUUCUGCAUCUAUUUGCGAGGGGAUGCCAAUGGCGUACCAUCCAAACAUGCCUGAAGUUUAUGCAUGAAAAAGACUUCAUUCCAGAUGAGAAAGCAGUGUCAGAAAUUUUGGACAGUUGUUAUGACCAUGCAAAUCCAAACAUGGCAGUUUGGGUGCUUAAAUUCUGCAAUAAAUCAUUUAGCGGCAUGGAGUCAUUUGGAAGAAAGUUGGAACUGCGUGAAGUAGCCUCCAAGAUAAUGAAAGCAGAUUUCCUGAACGAUGAUCUUAAAAAAGAACUCCAAAGCGAGUUUGAGGAUAGCAGCAGCAGUAGUGACAGCAGCACCAGUGACAGUGAAUCGAGUGAUUCUGAUGAUUUCAGUGAUUCAGAGCAGGACAUAUCUGUUCCAAGGAAACCUAAGCCUGAUGUUGUCAAGCCGGAUAUUAAAAAAAUAGUCGAAAAAUAAAGGUAAUUCGUUUUUA